AUGGAGAUCAGACAUGGACUCUCACUGAGGGAGGAGUGGUGUCAAAGAUCGGAGGUGAGGAAGACCCUGGUGCAUUCGAGGAUAUCAAAGGAAGAGCAGAAAUCAGAGAUGAGUGCAGUAGCUCAUACGCCUGAACACGGAGAUGGCCCUUUAGGUGGGGAUUUUACUUCAUCCUGCGAGGCGCUGAGAGCCGAUAGACAAUGUCAUGUUCAGAGGCAGGCCAUCCCAAAGAGCCAGAAGAACCUUCUCAAGUUUGACCGGCAAGCCCCUAGCCACAUUUCCACCUUUCCUACUCUGAGAAGAUUAAGAGGCAGUGGGUGGGAGGUCUCACACUCAUUACUUCAGCAAGAAUACUCCUUGAAAAUGCCCGUAAGAGGAAGCUGAAGGUAUCCUGCAGGCUCAAGUUGCCAUCCCAAGAGUCUACCUGGAAGUCCAAAGGAUUCUUCUCAUGUACUGUCACCUUUGUGACCUCAAACAAGGUUGCCUUCAAACCCCGAAGGGGCCAUCAAUGCAACUAACACAAUAUGGCCACAAGCAAAACCCAGUGAAGAGGAUGCCCUUGCUGCCCAUUGGAGCAAACGGGGUGCUACACUUUCAAAAGCCAAACCAAACCAAAACAAUCGCUCUACAUUUGUGGCUGCGAAAGUCUUCACUUUCGGAAUACCCUUUAAGAAGAGCACAGGUUCUGUGAGUACAGGCAGAGUACAAAAUCUGGUAUUAAAUGGACUUGAGGUGUUCCCUGGGGACCUUCUAGAGUCUGAUAGGCCUACUGAUCAUCUGUGACACCAACUGCUACUGCUGCUGACUCCAGCAUCCCAACAGUGUCUUCCAACCAGAGUGGCAUCUUGUGGAAGUAGAAGUGAUGGUGACAGACGUGUCGUAGAUGCAAUGAUGAUCUUCAGGAAUACACUGAAAUACCUGAGAACUCAUGUCUAUCUAUUGGAUGUGUGUUUUUGGAUGCUCUUGGCAAAUCUGAAGGACUACAGGCCUCAGAACAAUUCAGACAGGCAGAUCAGCUACAGAAGCAAAUCUUUCCAGGAGAUCCUCUGUCAGAGCCACCAGAUCUCCUGCCUGACCUACAAUGCUGCUGUGUUUUAUCUGGAGAUUCUGGAGUAAAGAGAAGACAUCAGUAUUUACCUAAGAACAUGGUGUGAACUGAAUGAGCAAUGCAGGUGGCUUCCUCUGCUUGAGAUGCUGCGAGUGGCUGUACUGCACAGGCUAACCUGAUACCCCAUGAACAGUAUCUGGAAAAGGAGUACACCCUCCACUGAGAAGAUUAUAAUCUACUCCAUUAAGGAAAUGGUGGAGAAGUCAAUCUUUAAGUCCCUAGGCUUGGACACCGGUUUAAUGUGCCCUUCACUAACUCCUGACCUGCAAGCUACUAUAAUAAAUUCCACAACGCUUGAUCAGACCAUCCCACCAGACAAACUGAUAGUCAGAAGCACUGAUCCCCUCCACAUGUUAGGUAUGUGUGAACUCACACCAUCCAGCAGUGGCAUUUGCCACUAA